GUUUAGAAGGUCAUUGAAAAUUUCCGAUUGAUUAAUAUAUGUGAGAAUACCAAAGUGACCUCAAAGCCUCUUAUGAAAUCCUUGCUCCAGUGCGCAUCUGCAUAAAUGAAGUAAUAGCAGAGCACUCAACAUAGACGGACUUACACCUGGCAUUCCUUCAGUGUUUCUCGAAUUCCUCUAACAUUGGGACCAUGGAAGAAACAUUUUUUCUAGUACUUCUGCUUGUCAAUCUCGCCCUGGUGGUCAACUGGCAAGGUAUGUUGUUUCACCUCCUUUUAUAAAUGUUAAUCAACUUUCACUUUACCACGUCAACAUCGAUUUCUGGUAAAAUUCAGUCGCAGCCUAAGCAAAUAUGCCCGGUACACGCCUUGUAUGUUUCUUUUCCUUUAAUAUUUCGGGUCGUUUCUUCCAGUUAGCGCUUAUUAACGAUAACAUUUAGAAGUCAUCGUAGAGCUCAACUGCACGUGACAUGUUUAAGAAAUGUUUACAGUGUAACUCAAAAUAAAAGUGUGAGUUCGUAGUCCAAGGAUUGACAAGUGAUCUCAAGGUUUACAUUUAGAGAAAGUUCGAUAAUCAUUUUCCAUCUAGUUUUCAAAUAUCUUCCUUGACAUCAUUAAAAGGAAAGUUCUGCUCCAACGUGCCUGCUCUCGAGUGCUUUAUGGCAGCUAACAAUCGAAAUUAAGUAGUAAUAAUAAUUUGAGUUGAUAAAUUUGCUGUCAAAGUUGGGAUCGCGAGUGAACAAUUCAUGUUUACAGUUUAAAGUUGCGUUAAUAUCCACCACAAGUAUUGUAGAGAUGAGCGGCACGUUUUCGACGCGUAUAUUUGAAAUACCGAGAGACGAACUCUUUUGCAUGCUAUGUCCUUCGUUGACACUAACGUCAAUCUUGUCUUGUUUAUCUGUUAUCAGGUGGUCAAGCACAACUCAUUGGUAAGUUACUCGUUUCGAGUAGUAAGUUUCAACCCUUAAUUAGCAUUUGUAACAUUCAUCUUUCGAAUCGUGUUGAUGAUAUGAAGCCAUGAAAGGAGGUAGCAAUAAGGUGUCAGAUCAGAUUUUAAAAGUGUGUUAAUAGAAAGUAGAUUUGAAAAAGCAACAUCCAGGAGGCGUAAUACAUUUUGCGUGAUAAUGUCUACUGAUUGAGAUGUUUGAUCGGCACUUAAGAUUUUAAUAUAGUCGUAUUGCGGUCUUUCUGUUUUUUCACCGAGGUCGAGGUAUUCUGUAAAUUUCCAGCCUGAUCCUUCGAAACUAGGGGGAGGGCACCCCAGUGUCCAGUGUAAAGGAGUUAUUGGUAUGUGUCAAGCUAGAUUGAACAGAAAUUUGAUGUCUUCUCCCGAAAUACAGUAUAGAGUUUGAAUUUGUCAAGUACAUGUUUGCAAGCGAAUCUCUUGGUCUGAGAGGGAAAAUAUUAGCGCUACCCUAAAUCGCAGGUGCACCCUUCUGGAACAUUCGUGAAAUAUUAUAACCGAAACACUUCAAAGUCGGUUACUCCUUUGUAAUCUAUACUGUUUUUCACUUGUCUGUCGGGUCGCUCCAUCCUCCCGCUCAUCGUGACUUUCAACAUGACCCGUCAAUAUAAUUAAUCACACCUGAAAUGUCCUUCAUUGAAAACUGUUUUAGAUUUAAGUGCAUAAAUGGCUCAGUAAGAGGCCUGCACACAAGUCAAUUUUGAUAUUUGCACUGCUCAUUUUAACUAUACAAGUCAAAUGUCGUGUGGGAAUUUUAAAGCUAGAAGACAUCCUUCAAACGGAACUUUUAGGGCAGAAUGUUCGUUUAAAAUUGAAUUAAUCGAAACCUUUGUGUAUGGUCGAUCAGAAGGAUAACUCGCUCAGUGGGGGCAUAUUAGAAAUGCAAAAAACUCAGUUAAAGAAUUGCGCAAACAAGAUAAUCUUGUCAGAUGUGUAAAUCAAGUGAGGCCAGGUAUGCUACGCUAAUUUAGUUUAUCGUCGCAUAUCUGGCCUCACUUGAUUUACACGUCUGACUUUAUAGCACUAUGCUACUCAAGGACAACAUUGAACUCUUGAUAAAGCUAAUCUUGGUUUUCCUAAUUAAAUAACAAAAGCCGUUAUCGAUGUCUUAAUGCUUAGUAGAUAUGUGCUUAGGAGUAACUCUUGUAAGAGGCCACCCAGUGCAUUCUGUUUCCUUAUCCUUUUUUUUUUUGUCCCAAUGGUCUAGGACUUAAUUUUACCUAGAAUAUUGCGGAAUUUCUCGCAAAGUUUUGUCUUCGGUUAGAGCUGAAAUAUCUCGGGAAGAGUGCGUGUGGUUUUAAAGGCAAAUUUGCAGCCUGAUUGUAUCUCUCUGCGUUGAAAUAGGUGUUAACGCACCUCGUCUCAAAAAAUAUUUCUUUUCAUUUUGCAUUCGCCCAAGAUAUAUUGUGAAGGUGGAUUAAGAUUAGCACGUUUUGCAUUAUUUGAAAGGUAUAGUGAGAAUAAUAAUGCAAUCAAUUUUUUCAAUUCCUAAUUACGUUGUUUUUAUCACCCUCACUUUGUUCAUUUAAACCCCCAACUGCUUUCUCCAGGAUUGUUUAUUCUAUUGAGAGCGGGUUUGUGUACUGAUAAGUUAAUUAUUUUCUCUGUUUUGUCUUCAUUUCAUUUGCUUCUGCUUUGUUCAGAUCAGGCUAUUUUUGCAUCUAAGUUGUUACGACAAUAUUUAUACAUUUUGAAUCAAAAAUCGCUAGAGGUAAAUUAUCACACCUUUAAGUAAGAACAAAAAUUAUUCGGCACAUACAAAGGUUGAAACUAAACUUAUCGGCUUGUACUGAUUUCUUUCAGAUGACUGUGGCGGACUUAUCGAAGGGAGAGGUAGUAUCAUACAGACACCAAAUUAUCCUUUGGACUACCCAGUGGAUAAAGUUUGCGCAUGGGUUGUUAAAACCGAACCGGGUGACAAAGUCGUGCUUACUUUUGAAACGUUUGCCCUGGAAGACAACCCUGUUUGCCAAUACGAUUACGUUAUUGUAAGGGAUGGUUCGACCUCCAAAAGCCCUAUGAUUGGGAAGUUUUGCGGCACAAGCAGACCAGCCACCAUUACCUCUACGGGCAAUUUCCUUUGGAUUGGUUUCCGAUCAGAUUCGUCCACUACCAAACAGGGCUUCAAAGCAAUGUGGAAGGCAGAAAAGCUUUCCGAAAAGCCACCACCAGGUACCGAAGAAAAAGUGACUACGCCUACUAUGCCUACAGGUUUGUUCAUUUAUCUGGCUCUUUUUCACACUAAAAUUCUUUGGAAACUGCUGCAAAGCGCAGAUUGCAGAUAUUUGUUCGAAAUCUUAAAAUAUCUACCAGCACUGCCUCAGCGAGGCUUAAUCGUGGUCAACGCUGAAAUGUCUCUACGGGCCUUCUGUAUUUUGCGUUAGUGGCUCUUGCAUGGUUACCAGUCUACCUGGACCGGUGGUAAUUUUUCGUCGUUCAUUAGGAAUGUUUCGGUAUAAUUGCCUCUCUUAUUCGUGAACAUGUAGAGAAAGUGGACGAAAUGAUGAGGCCCGUAUGAAAGCUCGUUGUCACGAGGCACCUAAAGAGCACAUAUAAAUGCAUUUCCUUGUUGAUUUUGUAACAGACUCUUUAAGGACUGAUGUGUAGGAUGCUUUUUUUUCCUUCUAUUUUGGAAGUUAUUCGCUUUAAAUUGUUCGUUUUCUCUUUCUCAUGAAAUUGUCUCUUCAUUAAUUUAAUCAUUAAUUUUUCUUCAGGAUGCGGUGGCCAAAUGACUGGUGAUGGUGGGAAUUUUACAUCACCCAACUAUCCUGAAUCGUACUCAAAGAACAGCGAGUGUGUGUGGACAAUAGUUGUGCCUCUCCAAGACACGAUUGAGCUUACUUUUCACGAAUUUCAUUUAGAAAAUUCCGGAAGUUGUAAUUAUGACUUUGUCGAAGUUAGACAAGGUAGCACUCGCUUCUCUGAAAUAAUUGGAAAAUUCUGCGCAAGUACGAUCAUUUCACCUUUCAAUUCAACUGGAGAUUCCCUUUUUAUAAGACUUGUCACUGAUGGAACAGUCAAUGAGAAAGGUUUUAGGGCUACAUGGAGAAGGAUAACUCAUUACAUUCCUGCAAAUCAAACGGCUCAGUCGUCCACAACCACCAAAGCUACACCUUCAAUUGCACCGCCUGAAAGUGAGCAAUAUUUUCUGUUAUUUUCUAGAUUUCUAAUUUUUACUGAACUCGAAAUUAAUUGCCGUUAGCGAGCAGUCAACCUUUUAUGAUUUUAGAGUAAACCAUUUUUGUGUAUUAACACGCAUUCUUCCCCUUUUUUAUUUGAUAGAUGUUUGUUUGUUUGUUUGUUUGUUUUUUGCUGAAACUCCAGUCGUCAAACCUUCAUACCUAAUUCUAUACUUCCUUACUUUUUCUCCUCAUUUUUCUUUUCAUAUGUAUUUUUUUACUUUUUAUGUACGUUAUUAAGUAAUUUGUUUUUAUCCACAGAGUGCGGAGGAAUUUUGAAUCAAGAAAACGGUGAAAUAACCAGCCCAGGUUACCCUAACCAAUAUCCACUAAACCUAGAUUGCAUUUGGGUAAUUUUGGCGCCAAGUAAUCAGGUCAUCCAGGUAGAAUUCAGAUCAUUUCAACUCGAAAGACAAUCCAGAUGCCUGUAUGACUAUUUGGAGGUCAGGGAUGGCGAUAGAUCAGACAUGCCCUUGCUUGGGAAAUUCUGUGGAGAUGUAGUUCCUUCCCCCGUCAAAUCUUCUCAAAACGCAAUGUACAUUAAGUUUCACUCGGACGGUUUAACUCCAAAACGGGGAUUUCAGCUUAAAUGGCACGCUUUUGAAGGACAGCCGCUACCACCUGGGCCUGCACCGACGUCAGAUGGGGACCCCGGUAAGUAAAAUCACGCAAACAAAGGGUGAAUUUAACUAUAGAUAUUCAUUGGAAUUCCUAGGAAAUAUCGUUAUUCUUUGGAAAUAAUCAGUCAAUUACUGAAUUUAUUUUUACGAUAGGCUGGUUGAAAUUUUUUUGGCACCGAAACAAAUUUCUUCUCACAUCUAUUACUCUACAGUUUGUGGUGGUACUUUCACAAAAAUGUCUGGCGUUAUAAAGAGCCCUCGCUAUCCCAAAAAGUAUCCAGAGGAUGUAAUGUGUCAGUGGGUCAUAAAACUAUCACCACAAUACAAAAUACGCUUAGAGUUCAUGUACUUGCAAGUGGAGAAGAGCACAAGCUGCCAGUAUGAUUUUGUGCUCGUUAUGGAUGGCCUCCCGACUUCUCCAACUACUCUCGGGAGAUUUUGUGGCAACUCAAGCAAGCCGGUGGUAGACUCUACAUCCAGUGAAAUGACCGUUUUCUUUAAGUCUGAUAUGAGCGUGACAGACAAAGGAUUUGAGGCAUACUGGUAUGCCCAUCCAGUUCUAGGCACUAAAUCUCCGUCAACCGAAGUAAACGUGAUUGGUAAGUAUGAUUUAUUUCUCCAAAUAUUUUGAAUAUCCACUAAGCGUAAACUUCCUGCCACAUUUCAUGUCCCUCUCAUUUGCAAAAUGAAAUGUUUAUUCUUCAGGUUGACAAAAGUCAUUGACUAGGUGGGCGACAUUCCAUUGGGAGAGUGACUAGAUGAAAACUGGUUCUAUAAAAGUUACCCGUAGAUAAAUGGCGGUCCAAGACAUUUAUAGUAACGAUGAGAUACGGGUCCUGUUACCGCCUAUAAGCGCAUUAUUUUUUGCACUAAAUGACAUGACAAACAAUUGUGUGAUUCAUUGUAAAGAUAUAACGGUUUUAAUAAUCGUCUUUUACUUUAUUAAGAGCCGUGUGGUGGAAAACGUAUGCGUCCAAGUGGUGACAUCUUCUCACCAUACUAUCCUGCCUUCUCUGGUGCCCAAGGGCCUGUUGACUGUGUAUGGGUUAUAUCUGUAUACGAAGGAAACAAAAUUGCCGUUGGUUUUAACGAAUUUGAUCUGAACAGUGACGAUAACUGUGUUACGGAGUACGUGGAAUUGAGGGACGGGCCAUCAGAGACGUCUCGUCUGCUAGGACGCUAUUGCAUUUCUGCACCGAUGGUGGUGCGAGGUUCUACGGAUACAUUAUGGAUGCGUUAUUAUACAAUUGGAACGGGAAGUAAGGGUUUUGAAGCAACGUGGACUACUAUGAAGCAAACAUUAAAACCUAUGAAACCUAGUGGGAAGCCUUCGACGGGAUCUGUUCCUCAUCCACCAAGUAAGUUCCACCCAAUGAUAAUAUGCCAGUUCAAUUCUCCGUUGGAUUCUAACAAGCAUACGUAUACACAGGGGACAGUAAUAUACUGAAUCGAGCGAUAAAAACUACUCUUCAAAUGCAUUAGCUUUUCUCGUUGCCUAAGGUGAUUUUUAAAAUUUACUAAGUUUUCAAUUAGUCUUCAACAAAUUGAGAAUGAGACGUUUUCAACGCCCUCACACAUAAACCGUUUUUUAAAGAAUGUCUACGUGAUUCUCAGCUGCAUCUUAAAUAAUGUUUUUAGUAAUAACAUUAAUAUGCGUGUUAGCCUAACUGUUUCUCAAAUCAACAUAUCGCUUGAGUAGUAUUUCCACUAAUUGCUAAUUUAUUUUUCAUCAUGAACGAUGCGAUUUCUUUUGUUCACAAUAUUAGGUGAAGAAUACAUUGUUAUAGAGCCAACUGAUUAUUGCUUAUUUUUUGAUAGGGUUUUCGAAUUUAUUAAUCUUGUACCGGUUGCAAUACUCUAUUGUGUCUCUUGGCUCAUAGUUUAAAAACUGUUCCAAUCUCCCUUGCAGUAACUCCGAGAAUAAACACCGUUACUAUUCUGUUUGAGUCCAAUCCUGUUUUAGUUUCAUUACCCAUAUAUAUAUAUAUAUAUAUAUAUUUACAUAAACGAUGUCUUUUUUAGAAAAAUGCGGCGAUGCACUAGGUCUUGAAUCCGGUGAAAUAAAAAAUAAACAGCUGUCGUCAUCUUCCACGUGGAUGGGCAUAAGCACCUUCGGUCCGCAGCAUGCAAGACUCAAUAACAGUAAGUGGCCCCAAGGCUGGAGUGCUGAUAUAACUGACCAAAAUCCUUGGCUCAAAGUCACGUUUCAAUCGGAUUAUGUAAUUACUGGCAUUGCAACGCAAGGUUAUGGUAAUCCAGUUUUCAGUGAAUGGAUUGAGAGCUAUUAUUUGCUUUGGCUUGACAGCAAGGCUGGAGAGGUGUAUUAUCACGAAGAUGGAAAAGUGAAGGUAGGUGACAGAAUGACUCUGUACCGAUGGUGGUUUUUUUUCAUAUUUUUUACAUAUGGUUUACUACUCGUGAUAUGUAUCAGCAAAAAGAAGUACCCUUUUGCUUGAGAUACACAACCUCACUUCACACAGUAAAUGGCUCCACCAGUAACUUCGAUGAAACACCGGCUCGAUUCACGUGCCGAAUUUUAUAAGAAAUUUACAGGCAUGUUUUUUCUAUUAUUAUUAUUUCAGGCCUCCCUUUUUUAAUUAUUAUUAUUGCACUAUUUUUAUGAUUUUUUGCUUGUUUGUUUCUUGCAAGCUUAAUUACGGCUGGCUGAUUCAUUGAGUUAUGAUUAUAGUUUCUUUAUUCGGUUUGAUCAAAGUGGUAAGUUUCGUAUCUUAACCAAAGCCCUAGUAUCUUCAAGGUUAUACAGGGCACCCAAGCCAUUGUCUUUCUGGUGAACGUUUUAAUUAUGUUUGACUCACAGGUUUUAGAUGGUAAUAGUGAUCACAACACGAUUGUCCGCCAUAUGCUGAAGGAGCCCUUCAUUUCUAAAGAAGUAAAAAUCCAACCAAGAAGUUGGAAAGGUGGUGUGGGCUUGCGAUUAGAACUCUAUGGAUGUAAAUUUGGUAAGCCAUUAUUGUAACAUUAAUAAGAGAAUUUCAAUUCGGCCUACUACUUUUGAUUGUCGCUCAUUUUUACUUCAAAUUCACAACUAAGUUAACCUUAAAGGAAGAUGUUUUUCGUCUUGUCACUAACGUGGGAGAAAGAAAAAAUUCUGAGUCCCCAUGAGGAAUCGAACCUCAGACCUUCGGAUUCCGCGUUCCAAUGCUCUACCACUGAGCCACAGAGACUCCACCGUGAGCGAGGUCGGUUACGAAGUUCUCCCUUUUUUUAUGUGGAAAGCUAGCUAUACUUCUUUGCCCAAUUUGUUGUAUUAUUGCGCACGUUAACAGUUUAUAAGAAUGGUUUUAUUAUCCUUUUUUGCUGUUGUUGUUGUUGUUUUUUGUCAUAUGCAGACGAAUGUCAAGAGCCUCUUGGGAUAGAAGACCCGGACAUUAUUGAAGACGAACAGCUAACAGCCUCUUCCGCUUGGGAGGAUGAUCAUGACAAGUUCGGUGCCCAGAGAGGAAGGCUCAAUUUGAAUCGCUGGCCUCAAGGUUGGACGGCAAGCGUAGAGGAUCGUUCCCCUUGGUUUCAAGUAAACUUGAAGCACCCUUUUAUAAUAACGCGGGUGGCAACACAAGGCUAUGGAGGAUCCGUUGAUCAGUGGGUGGAGAAGUACCGAGUGUCAUGGAAAAGUGAAGAAGAAGUUUGGCGUAAUUAUUCCGUUCCUCGUCAUGUGAAGACUUCAGCCGUCCUUUGGAAGAACAAGGUGAUAAUUACAUGUUAACCGUAAAUACUGUUUUAAAAUGAGACUAAGCUCAUUUUCAUCAUCGUCAAGUCCUAUAGUUCAUAGAUUGAUCGCUAUAAAAAUCAAUUGUAUCAUUUCGUCUCUCAUGUAAAAGUUUGGUGCUCCCGUGUGUUUUUGAUCUUUUUUAACUAAAACAAACAGAGACGUGUCUACGCUUGCAGUGUGUAUACGGUGUGAUAAAUGACGAAUGAAUGAACAAAUAACGCUAAAGACAUGAAAAGAUUUUUACUGUCUUCAAACGAAUUUAUAUUAUUCAUUCCUCAGGUAUUUCAUGGAAAUAAAGACAGGAAUUCAGUGAUAUCUCACACUCUAUGGAACACCAUUAAGUCAAGCACGCUCCGAUUUUGGCCAAUGGUUAAACGUAACUUUGUUUCUAUGCGAACAGAAUUGUACGGGUGUAUGACAGGUCAGUAUUUCUAGUCUAAAACGUCGAACAUCAGUUCUUUUUAAGCCUCUUGUUUUGGAUCGUGAGUUCUCGAUAAUAAGUCUAUAAGGAUCUGUCAUUUUUUUUAGUAUUUUUAGCACUAUACGUUUUGCUGUGAGAUUUGUUUUUCUGUGGUUAUUAAUCUUGUAUCUCACUUGAUUGCUAAUCAUACACUAUACAGACCAAUCGCGAUCCGCAACCGAGUGCUCAACAGUUGGCCAUCGUAUGAGUGGUGAAUCAAAUCCGCCCAGCAGAAAAGAUUGCCAGUGGCAUGUCACUUCUUCAAGGGCGGAGAGCACAGUAACGCUGAAGUUUAUAACUUUUGAUUUCUUAAAAAGCGAUCCUUCAUGUAUGAAAGACUACGUUGAAAUCAGAAACGGCCUUACUAAACACGCUCCUCUGAUAGGAAGGUAUUGCGGAGACAAGAUACCUGCUCCCGUGCAAUCCUCGGGAAACGGUCUCUGGGUGCGUUAUGUGGUGUCAGGUGAUAUAAAAACCAAAGUUGGCAUGACUUAUCACGACGGUCCUUCUAAGUCUUCUCAGGGUGAUGAAGGGAAGAAAGGUAUACUUACAAUGGCGAGUUCUUUUGUUUGCCUGUUACUUAAAUGAACUAGGGGUACAAAGCCUGAAACGUUUAUUGUUCCUGUGUAACCAAAUUGAUAUUAAAUGCAGCUUUCGUUUAGGGAGAAUGGUUGGUCACCAUGAAAUAACAAUAAAACACGUUUUAUCAUUGACAGGUAAAAGCGCAGGAAGAAUUUCAUAAGUCUGUUCACCCGGAAAAUGACUGUUGGUGAUAAGUUUAUCAAUGGUCAUAUUUUGUCUUAAAUGUUCGAGAACGAUAAAGAUGAGAUUUAAUGAUUUUUACCUGGGUGGUAAAAAAAUGGUUAAAUUUAAGAUUUGUGAUGAUUCAUAAUUUUAAAGAGCUACCUGUAAAUAACAAAUUUUCAAAGUGUGUUAUGACUUGACAACGAUUUUGAAUGUCCACUUUUUUUUUAUUUAUUUUCACAUCAAAAGCCCAUAUUACUCCCUAUACUAAUAUCGGAUCGUUUUGCAAUUCUCUGAUUCCUUAUCUCUCCAGGAUGCGGUAAUCUAAAAUAUUCUGUCUCUCCGUGGGAGUCCGAUGGAGAUUUACCAAAGCAGUGGCCUGGCCGAUGGCCCUGGCAGGUAGCUCUUCUGCUUAUGGGACAAUCUGUUCAGCAGUGUGGCGGCGCUCUCCUUGCUCCUCGAUGGGUACUCACCGCAGCCCAUUGCUUCAAGAGGUAUUAAAAAUUUAUUCAAAGGUGCUCGUUUUUUCAGCUACAGGUGAAAAGGGUGCCUCCUUAAAAAUAGAAAAUAUUUAAUAUGAAGAUUUAUCAUAUAAACUAUGGUGUUAUACAAGGAUUUCCAGCCAUGAGAAAAGCCGUAAUAACACAUGUGGAAAAAUACGAUAUUUUUUCACGUGUGUUUUAUAUCGCCAAUCAGCUGCUGAUACGUCACUCGCUUUUCGCGCCACUCGAUCAGGUUGUUGAAUGAAUGGAAAAGCCUUCACGAUUCUCAAUACAAAGUAGUUUGUCGGAACGUUCUUGAAUUAUGGCGGCUAAAACAUUUAAAAAUCCGUAUCGCUCACAGACGGUGACUUUCAAACUUUCCUAGAAGGGAAGAUGAAACCAAUGUACGAAAAUAAAAACCGAAAGUUACGUGUUCGGUGGCUUUGGAAAUGGCGUUUCUCGCGGCUGAAAACGAAAAUCGACAACUGGAAGAUUUGCCAUAGGCCGAUUUUGGCCGUUUACCUGAAAGACUUUUACUGUCUGUAAAGAAAAAGUCAAUAAACCACAGACUUUCGUUUGCAGGUUUAAACAACCUCUUCAGUGGGUCAUACGGGCUGGAGAGUUUGAUCUCGCGAAAAAGGAAAAUUCUGAGCAAAAUAUACGAGCAGAAAAAAUAUAUGUUCAUUCAUCAUAUAUCCCGUCAACAAACGAGAAUGAUAUCGCUCUAGUAUACCUUGAGCGAGCAGCACAAUUGAACGAUUUGGUGGAAACGAUAUGUCUACCAGAUGAAGGAGAGCUACAGCUCGAGAGCAAGUGCGCUGUAGCAGGUUGGGGUUUUAGGCCGGCCAACGUCCAUCAUACAUCUACCCCGCUGAGGUCCCAAAGAGUGCCCGUUGUUUCCCGCCAGGUCUGUAACGGAGUCAAUGCAUACGGUGGUCUUGUGAAAGAUAAUAUGAUUUGUGCCGGGUAUGAGAAGGGUGGCGAAGACAACUGUUACGGAGAUGGUGGAGGCCCUCUCGUGUGCCAGAAUUCGGUAGGAAAGUGGUUUGUUGGUGGAAUUAAUAGCUGGGGACAAGGCUGCGGACUGCCUGGCAAAUAUAGUGUGUACACCUAUACGGAGAGGUAUCGUGACUGGAUAAACCGUCAUAUGCAAGCAGACUAACUGUUCUCACUUGCGUCAGAUAAAGGAAUGGUGAAUCAACUUUUGAGUCCACACUGCAAAAUACCAAAUUAUAAGGGCCUGCGAUUGGCGCUUGUCAUGGCCGGCUCAUCCCGUUCGAUUUCGGGAGGGAUUACAUCCAAGUAAAACAUAGUAGUAGCUAUGAAAAGGAACGUGUAAGUCGCUUUCAACGUAUUGCAACUGACUAAAACAUACGUUUUGUUGUUCAGAUAGGUAAUAGGCUGUAGCCAGUUAAAUACAUAUUUUUGACGUAAUCACAAUUCAAUUUCGAAAAUGUGAAACUAAUUUUUAAGGGCUCAUCGUUUCGGUAUUAGUAAUGGAAGAAUAAUGGGACGCUGUGAAGUUUAGCGAGGUCUUAAUUGAACGAGCCGUUUCGAACGGAGCUUGAUAAUACAAUUAAACCAAUCGAAUUCUCCUUGAGAGGAUUCAAACGUAAUGCAAUCUUUGUGACCUUGUGGAUAUGAAUGGUUAGUCAACGUCUACAGCUGUAAAAUUCUAUAUUUACCUAAUUGUACUUAGCUAAAAUGUAGUUUCACUGUGAUAUAAUUACUGAAGUGUUUCCGGUCUUUUUCUUUUUUUUUUUUUUGAAUAAGGCGCCCUUCAGCCCUUUGGUCUCCUACGUAAUAUGGCAGUUAGCUUGUAUCCUUUUUUCUUUGUGUGAAAAUCUAUGGUUUCCUGAAUGUCGAGGUAUUUUUUCCGAUGCACGUAAUCUUUUUUUAAUCGCGUUUACAAGGGCUCUCAACCAAGUUACGCCGUGGCGUGGAAGCCAUGAGCGAUAGUUAUCGGUGUUCUAUUUACGAUACUGCUGGAUUUAUGAGUUUCAUAUCAGGACGUGAUUAACACGUCGUCUUAGAGAUUUCUUAAACCUAAGGAACCCCAAUUAUCAUUGGAAUCUAAAUGAUUUCUCAAUUCGUUUAAAAGGUUACUUAAAAUGCUUUAUUUUUUUUGCGACUUCUUUUUUUCUCUUGGAAGGAUUUUUGUGAUGGUUAGAAGUUCGAUUCAGCAGCCUUUCAAAUGUCACUAAACGACAUCAACAUGGAGACGGCUUAAAUGAGAGAUGAUAUUGGGAACGUUAGCUUAGUUUUAUGGUACCAUGAAUGAUGUUACUUGUUCAAAACGUCUAUCAGAUUGGUAUGCUAGCGGACUAAAUUAGAUAUGAAAAGUUGCGAAAGGACUUAUCUACCACAUGUAAUGGUAAAAGUAAUGUCAGCUGAAGUAAACUGUCAGGAAUGUGCAGCUGAUUGUACAUGCAACAUCAUCAAAAAGUCAAUAAUUUAUAUUGAUCGUUUGUCUCGCAAUAUUAAACCUUGGGACGGUUCCCACGGUCACGAGAAAAGCAAAGAAAACGAUCUUCUAAAGAAAAAUCUAACUAACCGCUUUGCUGAAGGUCCCUUGUUAUAAAAGGGAGACCUUUGAUUUCUGUGUCAUCCGCUGACAGAAAGCGGAUCUGUCUAAAUCACCGGAAAGCCGGCAAAGACAUACUGAACAAGAAUUUAUUAAAUAUAUACAUGUAAUACUCGAUUCCAGACGAAAUUUUCGAGUUUGUCAUCUUUUUUUUGUUAAGUAAUAAUAGAAUCCUAGAUAAGAAUCGCGUCGUUUGGACCGUCUACGUUUGGUAUUCGCUUUUGCUGGACUACGAUUGGCUGAUCUGUCUUUCAUUAUAAUGAGUAGUCGCUUGAAGAAUUUUUUCUGUUAUGAUAUCGUCAUACAUGUUGAGCUCGUGUGUUGACGAGUUGUUCUUGCCUCAGUAACGUGGCUCUAAUCGCUUUUUCACUUGCCGCACGUAGACUUCUGAACUUCAUAUGUUUGGAUCGUUUACCAUCUACUUUUGUCGCUGUUCCGUUUCCACCAACAUUAGACAAAGUCCAUGUUUUUCCGGAUAUUCGACAUGGCUCAUAAAAGAGAAGUACUUGUCAUCAAAAAUUUGAUCUGUGUCCAAGGAAAGUCUUUUUAAGAUUAACAAUCAAUACAAGUUUAUAGCAACGACAACACUAGCCGUCGGAUUCAUCUCAGCUUAUAAGGAGUAAGUAGAGGAUGUAACCGUUUGCUAUAAAACAUUAAUUUUUUUGAAUUGCUAACUUUUAAUCACACUGCAAACGAAAAUACUUGCCAUUGAUCAGGUAGAUAAAAUCAAAGUCAAUCAAUAAUGCUAUGGCAAUUGUUCAACAAUUAUAUUGUGCUUUACGCAAUUUAACCUUUGUGUUAAGUUUC